AUGGAUAACUAUUCUUGGGGUCAAUCUCUGCAGGAGGUUAAUGUCACUGUUUCCGUACCUCGUGGAACAAAGUCCAAGUUCAUUGCAUGCGAAAUAAAGAAGAAUCAUCUUAAAGUUGGGCUCAAAGGGGAUCAAAAAGCUAUCUCUAUCCUCCUAACCAAGCACAACAAGAUGGAAUGGUGGAAAUAUUUGGUAAAAGGUGAGCCAGAGAUUGAUACCCAGAAAGCUGAACCUGAAAGCAGCGAAAUCACUGAUCUGGUCUCGGAAAAGGCGUUCAACAGUGGAAAAGAUGACGGUAAAAUAUGCAUCUUAAUUGUUAAUGUGUUUUCCUUGAAAUACUGCGUGCAGUUUGAUCGACGACAGAAAUCCAUGGGCCUUCCGACUAGUGAUGAGAUGCAAAAACAAGAAAUUCUGAAGAAAUUUAUGGCUGAGGUUAAAUUUGAGAAAGCACUUCCACUUCUUCAGUUUCCUUACACGUAG